UUAAGUUGAUGCUUUCAAUAAUAAAAACUUUUUUCAUUAAAAUUUAUUAAUUCACAUACAAAUCGAAAUGAUUGACAGACUUAAAACGUGUCGCUGUUGUCUACAAGUGCUAAAGAAUGAAGAGGAUUUGUAUGAGUUUAGCUCAGAAGUCGCAAUCGACGCAGAUUCGACAAAUUUUAUUAAAAUUAAUACUUGUUAUUUGGAAGUGACUAAUUUCAACAUUUCGGCUGAAGAUGAAGACAUAACAAAGAUCUGCUCUUCAUGUCUAGGUGAUCUAAAGUUUUGCUAUUUGUUUAAGAAGAAAUGUGUGGAUGUAGCAAAGGCUUUUGAUCAAGACGAAGAUGAUAACAAAGAUAUUGAACCGGAGAAUGUUGAACAGUUUUGCCUUAUCGAUGACGGAUCAAACGAGUUGAAGGUUGAAUCACAAAUCGAAGAUCCAUGCUAUAUCGAGUAUGUAGAAGAAGAAAUGAUUUGCGAAAAUCCACAGGAUGAUGACGAAGAAACUGACGAUGGAAGUGACUAUAAGUUCAAUACAAAAUAUGAUCCAGUGAAUAUGACUAAACGAGUCAAACUGGAAAGUAUUGAACAUGAAGGCAUAAUUUACAGUUGUGAUCUUUGUCCAAAAACUUUUGAUCGAAAAGAUUACUAUCGAAGACAUUACAGGCGAGCCCAUUUGACAAAUAUUAUCGAGGAAAAGGCUGAUCAGUUAACAAUUGAAGGAAAAGUCUCUGAUAUUAAUCAAAUGCAGCUGUAUCAGUGUGGCUGUGGAAAAAUUAAUGUUACUAGAGAGGAAUUUGAAGCACAUCAAGCAGAACAUGAAGGAGAAGCUCGAUUUAAAUGUAAAAAGUGUGAUCAGACAUUUAGUUCCAAAGAAGAUGCUCGAAAACAUUUAAAUACAGCACAUUCUAAUGAUGAUAAGCCGUUUAAUUGUGAACUUUGUCAAAAAUGCUUUAAAAAUCGCUAUCAAUUGAUUCUUCAUAAUCGAUCGCAUACUGGCGAAAAGCCACACGUCUGUCAAAUAUGCAAUAGAGGUUUUAGCAUGUCCAGCAAUCUUCAAAAACAUCUCGACACUCACAGUACUGAAAAACCUUACCAAUGUAGCUACUGCGGACAAUACUUUAAAACUCAACGAUCACUGAAAUUCCAUACAGUCUGUUAUCAUCAGCCUGAAGCGAAAGUCAAAUGCACUCAUUGUGAUAAAAGCUUCGUCAAUAAGUCCUAUCUGAAGAUGCAUAUGCUGUAUCAUACUGGCGAGAAAAACUUUACCUGCACAAUCUGUAAUAGUAAAUAUUACAAGUCAUCACAUCUAAAACGGCACAUACAAAAUGUUCAUUUCAAGUUGCGUUUGAUGAAGUGCGACUACUGUGCUUCCGAUUUUGUUAGGAAGGAGACGUACAAGGCUCAUAUCAUUAGCCAUCAUAAGCGUCACUUAUCCGAUCAAGAAUUUGAGGAAGUACUUGAGAAAAUUCGAAAGUUCCAACCACCAGCACUUGAUAUCAAUCAAUUUACUGUUGAAAAGCAAAUGUCUGCUCAAGGAAUUAUAUUAGCAAAGGUUGAAGAAGGCGAAAUCGAUGUAGAAGAGAUGAUCGAAGAACAAAUCGAUGAUGGUAUGGAUAAGGACGAAGGCAUGAUAAUUGAAUCUACUGAUGAUUAUCACGAACUUUUUGACGAAGACGACGAGGAGGGUAUAGAACAAUAAAUAAGUAUAGGCUUAUUAACUGCUAUAAACGGAUAAAUAAAUGAACUAAUCUGUAAAAAAAAUGAGAAAUAAAGCACAC